ACAGAAAAGGACGUUUUGGAGAUUGGAUUGAUCAAAACGUCACCCUUUUCUUACCAUUUCUCUCUCUUUCUUACCCUGCAAUACAGAGAAGAUCGAAGUUCGAGGUUGGUCGGUCUGAAAUUUGGAGAUAGACUGAGAGAGAGAGAGAGAGAAGCGAUUUGCAGAGGCGGAAAGAGUAUAGACUAUAGUUUAGAACAAGAAGUCAAAAAGGGCGAUUUUGAUCUUGAUAAAGAUACGGGUUUUUGGGUCUCGGUUUCGUCUUGGGUUUGGGGGAUUAAGGUGGUGGUGAUGAUGAUGAUGAUGCAUGGGGAGUAGAACAGUGAGGCCUGGUGCGGAAAAUGAUAAGGAAGCAGCAGGCGGGAUGCCGAGCUUCAUUCCUCAACUACCUGCUUCUCAUGCAGUUGGCACAGAAGGAAAUAACACCCCUUCUUCUCGAGUUUCCGACUUUGGGGCGCUGGAUAAUUCUGUUGGAUUUCGCAUAGAGGAUGCUGUUGGCCUCGGUAGAAACCCUGUAUUCAAUCUAACAAAGUCAACUGGACAGACUACUACUUUGGACCCUUUGCAAUUUGGAAAUUUUGCUAAGUCUCUUGUUUCCUCCGAUGUAACGCCACUUGCUUCUAGAGCUGUGCCUCAGAGGUUUCCAUCACAUAAGGGACAACCAAAUCUGGGUUCUAUACCUAGUGGUCAUUUUGAAAACUGGGGAGACUCCACAAUGGCAGAUGCCAGUCCUCAGACUGAUACAUCAACAGACGUGGAUACUGAUGAUAAGAAUCAAAGGAUUGAAACCGGUCAGUCUCAGUCUACUGCUAUAGUAGCUUCUGAUUCUAGUGACAAAUCAAAGGGCAAAACAGGGGAUCAGAAGACACUUCGUAGGCUAGCUCAGAAUCGUGAAGCUGCAAGGAAAAGCCGCUUGAGGAAAAAAGCAUAUGUCCAACAGUUAGAGAGCAGCAGACUGAAGCUGUCACAACUUGAGCAGGAGCUUCAGAGAGCUCGUCAGCAGGGCAUUUUUAUUUCGAGUUCUGGAGACCAAGCUCAUUCAAUGAGUGGAAAUGGGGCCUUGGCAUUUGACAUAGAGUAUGCACGGUGGCUUGAAGAGCACAACCGACAGAUCAAUGAGCUGAGGGGAGCUGUCAAUUCCCAUGCAAGUGACAAUGAACUCCGUGUUAUUGUGGAAGGCAUCAUGGCACACUAUGAUGACAUUUUUAGACUUAAGGGCACUGCAGCAAAGGCUGAUGUCUUUCACAUGCUAUCAGGAAUGUGGAAGACGCCUGCAGAGAGGUGUUUUAUGUGGAUCGGUGGUUUCAGGUCAUCUGAACUCCUUAAGCUUCUCAUUAACCAAUUGGAGCCUUUAACUGAGCAACAAUUGGUUGGCAUCUGCAACUUGCAAGAGUCAUCCCAACAGGCUGAGGAUGCCCUUUCUCAAGGGAUGGAAGCAUUGCAGCAAUCCCUAGCUGAGACAUUGGCAAGUGGAUCUCUUGGCCCCUCUGGGUCAUCUGGGAACGUGGCAAACUACAUGGGCCAGAUGGCUAUGGCCAUGGGAAAGCUUGGCACACUUGAGGGCUUCCUUCAUCAGGCUGACAAUUUGCGGCAACAAACUCUUCAACAAAUGCACCGGAUACUAACAACCCGGCAAUCGGCCCGUGCCCUACUAGCCAUACAUGAUUAUUUCUCUCGGCUUCGUGCUCUUAGUUCUCUCUGGCUAGCCCGUCCACGGGAGUGAAAAGCUCCGCACUCACUCUGAAACUGUACCACAGAGAAAUUGGUUCCUGCAUGAGGGUAUUGGCACCACUGAGUGUUGGGUUCCAACAUGGACAGUACUGGUCUAUCAUUGACAGUAAUCUUGGUUGGCCAGCUGUUGGACACCCUAGAUAUUGGGGAGGCAUUGUGUUUCAGUGACCACCCAUUUGCAGUCUCUCUCACCACUCUCACAUUGUAUUACUUGUUAAUUUGUUCACCAAUGUGUUGUAAGUUUAUUUUCUUGUUUGGAACAGUAGUAGUAAUAAUUAGCAGUCACUUGUUAUUUGUUGUAAUCAAUGGCAAUUGUGGAAAAUCUCGCAGAAUUAAUUUUGUAUAAAGGGGAAAUAGAUUAAAUUUAGCAUGUCUACCAUUUCUUGUUGAUA